AUGAAAGAUGAGGUAGGUCCAAACUGGAUGAAGAAGAACCCAAAGCAGACGCACGUAUCGUCCCAAUCUGUGCGUUCUAUAUUUGAAGCAUCUCCCAAUGAAAAAUUCCGGAACUGUUGGGAAAAUCUCCUAAAGCUCGAACAGAACAACAUAUGUAGUUUAUUCGAGUCACUAGAUACAGUAAAGUUUCGCGAAGAAACAUGGACGAAGAAGAACUCGAAGAAGAAAAAAAUAGGAUCAGGAAUAACGAGGAUCCUGGAAAAUGGACGAGUGUUUGAAAAAUGUGCAGUGAACUAUUCGUGUGUGUAUGGAACCAUUGACAGGGAAACUGCCAAACAGAUGUGCGUCAAUCAGUACAAUAAAGAAUACAUCAAUAGCAAGGAAAUUUGCUUCACAGAUGAUCUUAACCAAGUUAUUUCUCGUAUAAUAAACAAUGGAGGGUUAAAGAUAGUUAGAGAGAAAUACAAAUACUAUGCUUCUGGGUUGUCUAUCAUUGCACAUCCCGUGAACCCCAAUGCGCCCUCCAUCCACAUGAACUUUCGCUUUUUUCAAGUAUUCAUCAAAACGGGGCGUAAAAAAAAGAAAAACACCCCAGGGGUGAAUAGUAACAAUACGCCAUAUAGGAACGCCAAUCUGGUAAGCAGCGUCAGCGCAAAUGCCUAUCCCGCUACCAAUAAAGGAUGCCAAAAUGGACAGGCCACCAGUAUAAACGCAGGUGUUAGCAGCGCUGCCACUGCGAAGAGUCAUAUAGAUAACAACUACCGAAGUUUGAAACAUUGGUUUGGGGGAGGAUGUGACUUAAGUCCUAGUUAUAUUUUCCCAGAAUUAUUCAUCCACUUUCAUCACUCCUUUAAGGUAGUCUGCGAUAAGUAUAAUCACUUAUUUUACAAAUAUUUCAAAAAAUGGUGUGACAUGUAUUUUCGAAUUCGGCACAGAAAUAUGAGCAGAGGAAUUGGGGGGAUAUUUUUCGACAAUUUAUUGGACAACACUAUAAAGACAAAGACAAAAGGGAAAGCGAAAAAUGGCAAAGCAAAGGAACUGCAAAAUAUAAGCAUCAACCUUAGCAACAGAAACGGAAAUAACUUAAACGCCAACUAUAAUAACAGUCAUACGAAUAAAAAACUUCCCUCCGAUGAGAGGCCAUGUAAAUGUCAUAGCUGCAACCCCAUCAUGGAUAACAGCUACAGAAUGAUAUUCUUAUUUGUCCAAGAGUGCAUCAUCAAUUUUCGUAAAUCCUACCUCUACAUUCUCGCCCAGACAAUUCAUUGUAAGUAUGACGACAACAUGGUUAACUGGCAACGUGUCUGCCGGGGCAGAUACGCAGAGUUCAAUUUAUUAUAUGACCGGGGCACGAAAUUUGGACUCGAAUUAAAUACUUACAAAACUUAUAAGAGAAAAAAACAAGCAGACAAAAUUGACAAUUAUGCCUCCACCUUUUUGAAGGAUGAAGUUUUUUCUGACCAAAAUUCUGACUACGUCUCAGAUGAGCAUGAAAAGAUCGACAACGUUUUUUCCUCCCUCCCUCUGAAAUGCGAAUUUUUUUACAAGUACAAAAUUGUGAAGUUUUCGCGCGAGCAUGAGACGCUGCAGGUGUUGAAGCAUCCAAAGCGGUGGGUCGACUAUUAG